UAAGGGGAAUAUUUACUGUCUGAAAGAGAAAACACACAGCUCUCACACCCAUACAUACACACACACACACACACACACACACACACACAAUCAUACACACAAACCCCAGUACAGGAUUCUUAAUCAUAACAGGAGCAGCAAAAUCAAAUCGAGCACAAACAAGGUUUAGCUUGUGACACACAGAUGGCGGCUCUGAGACCACGCCUCACUCAGAAACCAAACCUUCCUCCUAAACCGAAGCCACACACACAGAACACUACACACACACCAGCAGCAGCCAGACAACACAAACAGGGGACUCACAUGUUCUUAAGAAGGACAGAAGCCCUUCAGCAGAAAAGCCAUGCUCACUUAUCCCAGGAGAACAGGGAGACGGUGGAGAGACAGAGGAGAGAGCAGAGAACAGAGAGGCAGAUGGAUGUGGGACGAUCAGAGCCAGAUGGCAGCGAGACAGAUGAUGGCAUUAAAGCUGAGCAGAGUAUGAAGUCCUCUACAGUGCCCCCUCGCCACACAGAGGAGAAACACUGCCACUGCCUCUGCCACCUCCCCCGGCCAGGCAUGAAACUGGUGUGGGUUCCUGUGGAUGACACGGAGCACAGAACACAUGUCGAGGACACGGCAUGGAGACGGAGGAGGAGUACUGAACACGCUCCUGUGAAAUCUCCCACGAUGCCCCAGUGCUACAGCUGCCGGAGUUUCCGGCUUCAUCACAGCCCGCAGAAAGAGACGGGAGAUGAUGGCAUCUAUGAGAGCAUGGAGGUGUUCUUCUCAUCACCACCUCCUGAGGAACCCAUAUAUCUACAGGUCCAACCAUCUGAUCCAGGCUCUCCAAGCCCAGCCACUAAGCCAACACCCCCACCACGACCACCCUCCACCCUGCGGACCCGCCAAAAAGAGCGGCGCAGCACGCAGCCUGUUCUAGCCUACGUAAUCUCACCAAGAGGAGGCCGUCCACCAAUCAGAACUCACAGCAGCUGUGAAAAAGACAGUGGAGUGCCACCGCUACGGAAACCAAAGAGAGAGGAGCAGAAACAAGACAGAGACACAGAGACGAAAGAAGAUACAGAGAGUGGUGAUCAGGAGCAGAUGAUCUGUGAUGGAGAUGGCAGUAAUGAUCAUGCUGGAGGAGAGCCAGUGCAGCAUGCAAGCCCUGCACCCCACCGGAGGAGUGUGAGCGAGUGUGUGAUGCGGGGAGAGGUCACACUGUGGCAGCAACUAGGAGUGGUGAAACAGAGUGGAGUGUUAGACACCCUCACCUACAGAGAGAGACAGAGACAGGAGUGUAUGUUUGAGGUUUUGACCUCAGAGGCGUCGUACCUGCGCUCACUCAACGUGCUGAGAGAUCACUUCCUGGGGUCGCGGGAGCUGGAUGACACGCUCGUCGUCCAUGACAGGAAGUCACUCUUCUCCAACAUCCUGCAGGUGCACGAGGUCAGCCAGAGGUUCAUGCAGGAUCUGCUGGCUCGGGUGGACGAGAGUGUGCUCAUCUCUGAUGUGUGUGACAUCAUCUACCAUCACGCAAACACACACUUCUCUGUGUACAUAGAGUACGUCAGGAACCAGGUGUAUCAGGAAAAGACCUACAGCAGGCUAAUGCAGUGUAACCGUGUGUUCCACACAGUAAUGAAGCGUUUAGAACAAUCUCCUCUCUGUAAUCGGCUGCCCUUCACUUCCUUCAUGGUUCUGCCAUUCCAAAGGAUCACACGCAUCAAGAUCCUGAUACAGAGUAUUCUGAAGAACACGGUGGAGGGAUCAAAUGAGGAAAACACAGCCUGUAGGGCUCUAACUACAGUGAAUGAGAUGAUCAAACAGGCAAACACACAGGUGGGGCAGAUGAAGCAGAUGGAGGAGCUCAUGCACAUUGCCACCAUGCUGGAGUUUGACAAACUCAAGGCGAUCCCUCUGGUGACUCGGAUGCGGUGUCUGGAGAAACAGGGCGAGCUCCAGGAACUCAUUAAAGGAGGAACGAUGUUCAGCUUCCGCUUCCGCUUCAACCCCAUCUACAUCUUCCUCUUCAAUGACAUCGUCAUCCUCACACACAGGAGCACUGUAAAUACAGAGCGCUUCCUGGUUUUUGACCACGCCCACCGAUCCCUGGUCCAGGUCCGGCCCCUAGAGGGAGGAGCUCAGUUAGAACACACCUUCUGUCUCACAAUGCUGGAGAAUCACCAGGGCAAGAUGUGUGAGCGUGUGCUAAAGGCAAACACAGAGUCAGACCUGCACCGGUGGACAGCAGCAUUUCCAUCUGUCUCUCUGACAUCAGAGCCAAAGGAAGAGAGAGUGUAUGAUGACUGGGACUGCCCACAGGUCCAGUGCAUUAAGCAGUAUGUUGCAAAACAGGCUGAUGAGCUCAGCUUAGAUCCCUCUGACAUCAUCAACAUCAUACGCAAAACACAUGAGGGCUGGUGGGAGGGGAUUCGGCUCUCAGAUCAGAUGACUGGUUGGUUUCCUCACGACGUUGUGAUCGAGGUCACUAAUGAACACCAGCGUCGACGCAACCUGCGAGAACAGUACCGGAUCUCACGUGCAGCCAAUCACAGCGCAGGACGCACAUCGCUCCUACAGGCGGCCAAUCACAGCGCAGCAAGCACAUCGCUCCUACAGACGGCCAAUCACAGCGCAGCAAGCACAUCGCUCCUACAGACGGCCAAUCACAGUGCAGCAAGCACAUCGCUCCUACAGACGGCCAAUCACAGCGCAGCAAGCACAUCGCUCCUACAGACGGCCAAUCACAGCACUUCCACCUGAAUUUUAGUGCAACAUGAACUUUAUGAAAGUCUCAGUAGAGUCUCUUAAUUAAACUUUAUUGGAACUGAAAUCAUUAUGUUUAAGUUGUAAAUAAACAUUGUAAAAUUAAA